CAAAUAAUCAAACGAUACCGCCCUUGAGAUUAAAACCUUUGCCUUUACAACGAAUCUCAAGUUACUGCGCAAUCUAAAUACAAUUGGAUAUCAAGAAAUACAAGUAGGGUUUACAGACCCUCGAUCUCGGGUUAGAGGACCGGGCAGUAGUCUUAAACGAUAAACAGAAAAAACUCCUUUAGAUACAAGAUAAUUCAAGAGCGUUAUCUAACUGAACGAUAGAAAGAAGUUACAAAGGAAAGACGACCUCAAAAGCUUUGUCCGUGAAAUAUGAAUUCGUCAUUUAAUGAAUCCGACACGAGAAGAAACAUUACAGAAGCCAUGUGUUUCCACUCUGAUCCGAUGUCUACGAAGAUCGUYCGUGCAGCGGUGUACUGCGUCAUUAUCAUAGCAUCAUUAUUCGGGAAUUCUGUAGUUAUUUUUGUAGUGUUACGAAACAGAUCCAUGAGACGUACAGUGAACUAUUUCAUCGUGAAUAUGAGUAUAGCCGACUUACUCGUUACUAUAACAUACAUGCCUCGCGUGGUUUCCCUGUGGUUUGCCGGGUAUGUCUGGCAGGUCGAUGGUCUUACUGGACUAGUGUUCUGUAAGAUUGCUUGCUUUAACGAGGUAGCUAUUYUAGUAGCUAUAUUCACUAUUAUUGCUAUAAGCAUCGAUAGGUUCUUAGCUGUUGUAUUCCCACUUCGUCGAGGUCUUAUCACGAUUCCAAUCUGUCAGACAAUGAUUGGUUUUAUGUGGCUCGCAGCGAUAGCAGCAGCGUUUUCAGAGUUUUACGCCAUUGAGCUCCGUACGUUUAAUGGCGAUAUUUACUGCUAUCUUGACCUGGACUAUUUCUUUGGUGAAGGUUCGUCUAAAGCCUACUUUAACUUUAUCAUUAUCGGAUUCUUUGCAAUCCCCUUUACAGCCAUUAUAAUCCUGUACUCGGGUAUUAUCGCAGUGCUGUUAAAACGCCGUAGAAUCCCCGGGGAUGCUUCUGCCGUGGACGACGCACAAAAAAGACGACGCGAAGAAACGAAAAAGAAAGUUCUGAAGAUGGUUAUGGCUGUAGUGGGAACGUUUGUUAUCUGUUGGUUAUUGUAUUUCAUUCAUUUUAUUUUAUAUUCCUAUGGUAUCACGCUACCGUGUGAUGUGAUGUUCGUAAGACUUCUGUUGGCUCAUUUUCAUUGCGCAUUCAGUCCGUUCAUCUAUGGUUUUUACAAUGGUAAUUACAGAAGAGGAGUCUUGUCGUUUAUUCCAUCAACAAGAGCGACGCAGGUCAUGACUACUCAUGUUAGAAGCAAUGUUCAUCGUGUGCGUCCCACGUUUCCCGAAAACCCUGCAGUAAACGAAGGAUUUGACUGAAGUAAUAACCACGUGUAGAAAAUUCUAGAAUGACUGAUCGAGAAAAGUAGACGCUACGGGUAGUUUGAAAAUGUCCAAUAAUCCAAGAAUUAAAAACAGGAUUCUAGAAUUAUUGAUCAAACAUAACUGCUAAUUAGUUACUGCCGGGCAGUAGUUGAAACAACAGAAAAAGAAGGACCCGAACAUCGUAGUGAAGGCUGGAAAGACGUUGUCGAAACGGUUGAAAACAAACAAUCCAAAAACACGAUCAAUGGUUCGUCGCAGUGCAAGAAUGUUUAGCACCGUUAUAUCAAUAUUACURAAUACAUUGAACAGUCUCUCUUAACAAACAAUCCAAAAACACGAUCAAUGGUUCGCCGCAGURCAAGAAUGUUUAGCACCGUUAUAUCAAUAUUACUGAAUACAUUGAACAGUCUCUCUCAACAAACAAUCCAAAAACAUGAUCUUCUGCGUCAUCCAGACGCUUCGACGAUCAACAUGGUUCGUUGCAGUGCAAAAAGGGUGCAGCAUCGUCAUAUCAACAUUACAGAAUACAUUGAAUAAUCUCUCAAAAGAGAGUCACGCCCUUGUAAGUUAUGGAUGAUCACUAAGUCUCCUGCAAUCACUGAUUGUGAUUAUAGUUAAAGAAAKAAUUCCCCCCAGUCUCCUUACCAGAGGUAACAUAGGGAGCCCACUAGGCCUAAUCAUCUAAAGCGAACGAACAAAUAAACUGACUUGUUUGGUGCUGAUUGAGUGGUGAAUGUAGCCGUUAGCCCGAUCUAUYUUUUAUCCCAUCAAUACACUGUACUAUUAGAGUUCGAGGUUCAAUAACAGUUUGCUUGUCUAAUUAAUACUAUUUAGAAG